UGGAAAGAUGUUAGAAUUUUUUAAAUACAUAUUAUAAGUGAUACAAGACAAUUUUAAAAUUUUUUUCAUAACUGAAAUUAGCCAAGGAGUCUUGCUGUGACUCCCAGGUGGGAGUUUCGUUAACCACACAGUCUGCCCAUUUACUCAGUCUCUCAAACUCUUCCAGUCCUCUCUUCAGUGGACACAUUGCCUACUUUUUCAUAGAAAAACGUGGUUAUAACAUUUAUUCACAGUAUCAUUAAUAAAUAAGGUGUUAUAAGAGAUGAACUUUACUAGCAAGUGAAGUGCUCCCUUAAAUACCCAACCUUUUUUUCUUAAGCUAUUUAAAAUGUAUGUUUUUUUUCUACCUUCGUAAGCAGAACAAUAGUGUCUCUUGUGGCGUGAGGGUAAGGCUUAUCCAUCACCCUUGAGUCUCUUAGCGUCUCAAAGCUCCGUUAUUUCAUUCUUCAGUUUCUUCUUUUAUUUAUGCUUGAAACACUUGGGAGAAAGAUGUGAUAGCCAAAGGGAAACAUGAACCAACAGGAAGGUGUGGCACGAGAACCGGUAAUAAGCUGCAAACCGGGCUUUCAGGUGUCAGUAGCCGCGGCUGCAAGUGAAGCCCGCCGCAGGGACGCGGUACGCAGGGGCGCAGKUCUGCAGCCGCUCAUUCUCUCAGGAUGAAAUUCGGAGUUCCUGGAUCGCAACACCAGCCUCAGCACCUGCCCGCAGGACCGGAGCACCAGGUAGCGCGUCCGGGAACCAGACCUCUGGAAGCGCAGGAGGACGCCUAGAGCCAGAGGGGUCUGGCAGGAUGCGCCGGGGGCGGGGCAGUGGCGGCCGACGUCUCGCGAGGUUUCAUCCUCGCGCAGGCGGCAGCGGCUGGCGGCGAGUACGGGAUGCGCUCCGAGAAGGAACGGGCCGGAGGCCCGGGCGCGACCGUUGGUACCCGGGGCCCUGGCGGGAGGGAGAAGCUGUCUGCCGCGGAAGUCCAGUUCCGCCGUGAGUCACCACGACGAGAACCCGAGCCGCCAGCCUCUUCCUCUGGCUGCGGGGGCGGGGCCGGCAAGCCUCGCGAGGAGAAGAGGACGGCUCUGAGCAAGGUGGUCCUCAGACGGCUGCCACCAGGCGUCACAAAGGAGCAGCUGGAGGAACAGCUGCACCCACUGCCUGCGCACGACUACUUUGAGGUGGUGGCCGCUGACCUCAGUCUGCACCCUCAUCUGUACUCCAGAGCAUACAUUAAUUUCAGGGACCCUGAUGACAUCCUUCUGUUCAGAGAUCGUUUUGAUGGAUAUGUCUUCAUUGGCAAUAAAGGCCUGGAGUACCCUGCAGUGGUGGAGUUUGCCCCAUUCCAGAAGAUAGCCAAAAAGAAGCUGAAGAAAAAAGACACUAAGACCGGGAGCAUCGAAGAUGAUCCAGAAUACAAGCAGUUUUUAGAAACAUACAGUGUGGAGGAAGAGAAAACCAGUGCCAAUCCUGAAAUCCUUCUGGGAGAGGUAGAGGCAAAGACAAGAGAACUCGUUGCUAGAAGAACCACGCCUCUUUUGGAAUAUAUUAAAAAUAGAAAAUUAGAAAAGCAGAGAAUUCGAGAAGAGAAGCGAGAAGAACGGAGGCGGAGAGAGCUAGAAAAGAAACGUUUGCGGGAAGAAGAAAAAAGAAAGAGAAAAGAAGAAGAAAAAUGCAAAAGAAAGGAGGCAGAUAAACAAAAGAAGACUGCUGAGAAAGAAGUGAAGAUCCAGCUUCUUAAGAAACCAGAAAAAGGAGAGGAAUCAACCACUGAGAGACCAAAAGAAAGAGGAGAAGAAGCUGGUGUUGGAGAUGGCAGGCGGGAAGCCCACGCCCCCUGCACAGUGAUGAAAACCAGGCUCCCGGAGAGCCUGCCGGAGGCGCUCAGGGAGAAGUCACAGGAUGACAGUGAUGGAGAGCAAAGGGACCUGGAGAGAAGACCUCGGGGGAGAGAAGCUGAAAUGCUGAGGUGCCACCUGGACAGCAGCAGAAAACAUGGUGCUAACUCUGAGUUUGACAGGUUUGCCAGGAGGAACGAAGAUGAGCUGAGAUGGGCCAGAGAGUCCACCCAAGAUAGAGGGAAGAAGGGGCACCAGGACGGGGGCAUCCCCAUGGAGACGGCAGAGAGGCUGGCCAGGGAGAAGGAGGACAAUGGCCUGACCCCCAGGAAGGAGCGUCUGGGAAGCAAGGUCCUCUGAGCCCCUGGGCUGGUCCUCCCGCAAAGCUCUGCUCCAGGGCAUCCCUGUACUUUGGCAGUCUCAUGACUGCCUUUUCCAAAUUAUCUCAUUAAAUCAAACAAGAGAAUCUGCCUAGCGUGUAGCGUUCCUGCCUAGUGUGUGGUGUCCCAGGACGGGUCUCCCACCGCGUGAGGCCCCCGCCCGUAGAUUGACUUGUCAUGGUCUUCUGGAGCUCUCAAUCUCUUGGGGCACAUCAAACCUGCAGUGAGCACCGGGCAGAGCCCACUGUCUCCUCAGAACCAAGUUGCUUUUCACCAAGAAAACUGUCUUGUUUAGUCCACGCUAGACAUUUAACCCACUGACUUCAGAGUGAGACCCUAGCAUUUACCCUUCAGACAACAGGAAAGCACCAGUGGCAUGCACACGGCCUCCGAGCACCCAGUGGACAUGGUGUUGGGUCC